UUCUCUCGUCUGUCGCUCAUAAAAUAUGGCGUCUUAGGAAGUCUGUUGUUCGAAAGAAAGUGGCAACGUAUGGAUAUGCAAAUAACCACGCACGUAGUGACAAAAACAUACCAGUUAAAAGGCAGACAAAGUCACACUGGUAAUGAAACGCGAUGUUGAGGUCUACGGGAUUUUUCCGUGGGAUUGACUGCCCGUUUUAUUGUGAGAAUGUUAAUGGAAAAUCCGGUGCAGAUGGGUGCAGCAGACCCUACUGUCACUUCAGACACAGCAAACAAAGACGAGGCUCCUCUGGGAUAUACGACAUCAAUAAGACUAAAGCGCGUUCUGCGAGUCCAAACGAUCAGGGAUAUGAUCCAUUCAGCCCAGAGGUUGUAAGACCAGGUGAACAUUAUAAUGGGGAGCCACUGUCGAGCCUGUUGGUGGGACAGGAUGUGGACCUGGGUACUGUGGAGCUGGAGUUGGUCAAUCAGGCCAUUGAGGCUGUUCGCAAUGAGAUGGAAAGGGACAAGAAGCAGCUUUCUCAGAUUGGCGAUCAGGAAUAUGAGCCGACCACAAGCUCUGUUAAGAGACCGAAACCCACUGCAUCAUCCCAUCAGGGCUACGAUCCUGGGAGCUAUCAAAUGGGCCAAGCGAGUGAAUACACCCCAUCUCCUCACUCAAGCAAAUACACGUUAGACUCAGACAACGGCAUUGUCAAUGCACUGGAAUAUGUGCCCACCUCGGUCUCAAAAAAAAGCAUUAAAAAGGAGUUACCUCCCCCGUCCCGUACAAAGUGUAAAUACACUCUGGAUAACUCCAAACCAACCUCGGACUUGGAGUAUGACCCUCUCUCGAACUAUUCGGCUAAGCCAGCUGUAAAAGAACAAAAUACUUUGUGUUCAGAGGGAAAGGGAAGAAAGGGGUUUUAUCCUGAAAAACAAGGGGAAGAUGAGGAAUAUGUUCCAACGGCAAAGAAACCAAGGUCGAUGUCUUCUAAAGCAUAUGUCCCGAAGUACACUGUGAGUUUCUCUGAAUCUGAUGAGGAAAGUUCUGGGACAGAGUAUCGUCCAACAUCCAUAAGCCGAAUGCAGCGCAAAGGGAUCAACAUCAGCUUGAAAAAGGAACGAGAGUCAGGUACGAUGGGACAGCAAGGAAAUCGAGUGUCUAAUACUGAUGAGGUUUUCUCACAGAACGAAUCAGAUUAUUUGGAGUCCCAGGAUGUGGACAGGACAAACAAAAAGAUAGACAAAAAGACGCCUUUGAGUCAGUGGAAAAAUAUAAAAUCUGAUAAACUGAAAAAAGAGAAGGAAUCCAAUAAGAAGAGUCAAAAAGAAAGGUGGGAAAGUUCUACUUCAAAGAAUACAAGUAAAAUAGACAAGAACCAAAGUAAGCAUGAGGACAGAAUCAGUAAGUCUAAGGAAAAGGCGCGGAAAGAUGGUUCGGGGUCAAAAAGUACUGAGGAAAAGAACAAGAAGAUGGUUAAGAUAAAGAGUGAACAUUGCCACAAGGAAAAAGAUAGAGGAAGUGCCAACAUCAAGAAGCCCAAAAUGGACAAGGCGGUAAAAACCGAUAAGGUGCCACCCAAAUUCAAAGACCCGAAGAACGGAAAACUUGAGAACAGCACAAACGAGAAGGGCAAAAACAAAAGCAGCCAUGGGUGCAGCAGCACUAAAGACAAAAGCAAAAAAAACAGCUUAGUCCUUGAUUCCAAAGAGAGAAGUGAGACCAAACAGAGGAAUCUGAGCCACAUAGACUUGUUCGGUGCUGAGAGUGCUGAAGAGGAUGAUGAGGAAGAUGAGAGGAUAGUGAGGAAGUCGGCCUCUGCUUUUAAACUGGGAAGUAUCAUGAAUCAAAAAAGGAAAAUGUCUGAAGAUACUUCAUCGGAAGAUGAUUCUGAAGUGGAUGAUGAUGAUGAUGAUGGUGGUGGUGAAGCAGUGGACUACUCCUGUCUGCAGGAUGAGAUGGAGUAUGACUCGGACCCGAUGGAGGAGUGUCUGCGGAUAUUUAAUGAAUCCAAAGAGGUGAAGACUGAAGACAAAGGGAGACAAGCUAAGCAGUCUUCAAGGGAACUGGAGGAGGGGGAUGAGGAAGAAACAGAAAGCACUUUAACUACUCUCUUUCCUGGCCAGAAGAAGAGGGUGUCACAUUUUAAAGCUCAAGGAAAGUCAGGGACAUCGCUGAACGCUGUGCCGAUGCCGCAGCGGAGGAUGACAGCGCAGGAGAUCUGUUACCAACGCAUGCAGAAGGCCCAGCAACAGGCAGCACAGCUGACUGCUGCAGUAAAAGCUGCAUCAACCAACCCAAAACAGGGGCUCUCUGGAGAGAAACGACGGGUGGCGCACCGGCCAAAUGCCUCCUUGCCCUCCUUAAAGCCUGGGCUAGCUGAUGCCAGCAGUCGGAUGUUAUCACCCACCAGAGUGGCGACAGAUCAGCUUUCACUCAAAGCUCAUACAUCGGUGGGCAUCCUGUCAAAGACCAUUUCCACUGCAGUGCAGAAAAGAGUGGCUCACACCCCCACCAUGAAGAGCUCUGCCAUGAAGCGUCCUGUCAUUCCUGCAGAAUUUGGGGCCAAGGUGCCCAUUAAUGUCCGCCAGCGUUACCUAAACAUCUUCAUUGAUGAGUGCCUGAAGUUUUGUUCCUCUGAACAGGAAGCUUUUCAGAUAGCUCUGGAAGAAGAGAAGGUGGUGUGUGACAGGAGCAGCAGUAAGAACAUCUACCUGAACGUAGCUGUAUACACACUGAAGAAACUUCGUAGCAAGAACUCCCCUUCAUCCCCUGCCAUCAAGAGCCCGGCUGUAUCAGUGAAUACAAAGUGUCAGUCUCAUGAAGGAGUUCUUGGUGGACGGCUUGCUGCCAAAACCAGCUACACAAUCAACCGCUCCGGCAAACAGCAGGAUGUAGACCUUAAAGGAGCCAUUCUCUACAAAAAACUGAAAAAGUAUGCAAUGACUGAAGAACAGCUGCUGGAGCAUGGCUACCCCGGACCUCACCCUGAGGUGUCGGGUCAUGCUGUCGUCCAUAACCUCCCAGAGAAGAAAAACAAUGACCCUUUUUCCAAAAUCUGUUGUCGUUGUGGCGCCGAGUACAAGAUAAAUGCUAACGGCAGCUGUGUGCGUAAAGAGGAGUGCAGUCACCACUGGGGAAGAUUGCGCAGAAACAGAGUUCCAGGAGGUUGGGAGACACUUUACAACUGCUGCUCUGGUGCAGUUGGUUCUCCUGGAUGUGAAGUGUCUAAACAACACGUACAAGAUGGGCGUAAAGAGUCCUUGGAUGGUUUUGUGAAGACUUUUAGCAAGCCAUUGCCAGUAGAUGGAAAUGGAGGCGUCUACGCCCUGGACUGUGAGAUGUGCUACACAAAACAAGGUUUGGAGCUGACCAGAGUGACCGUCAUUAACUCUGACCUCAAGGUUAUUUAUGACACAUUUGUCAAGCCUGGCAGCAAAGUGGUGGAUUAUAACACACGGUUUUCAGGUGUGACGCAGGAUGAUCUGGAGAACACCACCAUCACCCUGAGAGAUGUGCAGGCGGUGCUACUGAGCAUGUUCAGUGCAGAGUCCAUUCUGAUCGGACACAGUCUUGAGAGUGACCUGUUUGCGCUCAAGCUUAUUCACUGCCUGGUUGUGGACACCGCUAUUGUGUUUCCUCACCGUCUGGGUUUGCCCUACAAGCGUGCCCUGCGCAACCUUAUGGCCGACUACCUCAAACGCAUCAUACAAGACAACGUUGGAGGGCAUGACUCCAGUGAAGAUGCCCGAGCCUGCAUGGAACUCAUGAUCUGGAAGAUCAAAGAGGAUGCCAAGGUGAAGAGAUGACCUCUGACCCUGCCAGUUCUCUCACACGAUGUUAUUAUCUUGAAGGAUUUUCGAUGAACUGAGCAUCAUAGAGGAAGAGUCACUGAAGCUCUUCAUAAUGGGCUGUGCGUCACUUGGGUCAGAUAAACUGCUUCAGAGUAAAUUCUGCAGUUUGAAUGAGAGGGAAAGAAAGAGAUGGACUGAAAGGAGGGAUAAUGUGAUAGAUUGCAAUGCCUAGACCACCAUUGCUCCUAACAACCAGAGCAUCAAACAAGCAAUCUUAAUUCCCACCAUGCUAAAACUGACCUAGUUUUGGGCAUUAUUUUCACAAGUGGACAUAGAUUGAGGAGAGGUUAAUUGACCUUGAGUUGAGUUAAAGUAUUCUGUUUUUUUCAGCAGUACAUUUGUUUUCAAAGACCCUAGUCCCCAGAUCAUCAAUUGUGAGGGUGUUUUAAUGUUCACUCUAGGUGAUGUGGAUCUUGGAAGGUCUGUGUGUUGCACUCUUAAGUUACUUGAAAUCAUGAUUUUCAGCACUGAUUCAAUGUCACUUCCUCUAGUAAUAAUGUAUAGCAAUCCGUAUUAUUAUC